GAUGCGGCGCUGGGCUCCGGGCCGGCGGCGCGGCGGCCGGGCCCCGCCAGGAUGUUCUCGUACCGCCGGGAGGGCGGCGCGGCGCCGGGACGAGCCGGGACCGCCCGCUUCCUCGCCCGGCACAACACCUGGGGCUUCGUGGCCACGCGGGCCGCCCGAGCAAAGAUCCAAGGUAUGCCCUAUGGGAACUGUUUACUCCUCAGUGAUGGUCCCAUCAAUAACAGCACUGGAAUCCCCUUCUUUUAUGUGACACCAAAGGAUAACACUGUGACAGAUCUUCUGAAGAAUCCCAUGGCUUCCCUGACCCUGCCAGAGGCAGACGGAAAUUUCUGCAGAAGAAACGUAAUUGAUCCAGAGGAUCCAAGGUGCACCAGGCUGACUCUCACAGGACAGAUGGUCACGGUGCCCCCGGAGGAAAUAGAAUUUGCCAAGCAAGCAAUGUUUUCCAGGCACCCAGUGGUAAGAAAGUGGCCUCGUAGCUAUGAGUGGUUCUUCAUGAAAAUGAACAUUGAACACGUCUGGCUUCAAAGCUGGCUUCAAAAUAGCCCUGUCUCACAUGGAGCAGAGUGAAAAUAAAUCAACACAGACUUUCAAAUUAUAAAGGAGAGGUGGAUAUUAGCCCUACCCUGCAAUGUACAGACUUGUCAUUUCAAGCAGCAAUGUGUCAUCUGAAAUGCUGUUUCUAAAAUGUUUUGUAUCUGUUUGUUUUGACUUCUAUUGCUGUGCACCCACAGGGAAACUACACUAUGUGCUAAAUAUAAUGUUCUGAUUUGCAGAAAAUGCAAAUUGCCUACUCAGAACCCUCUAUGCAUUGUGGAGGUAUUACUGCUGCUUGGUCUCUCUUGAUUUGUAAGUACUUUAAGAGAAACUUAAUAGCUGCAAAUUUAAGUAUUUAAGCUUAAAACCAAAGUAUUUGCUGAAGCUGUCCUCAUUUGUGAACUUCUCUUUUCUAUGUGUGUUUUUCCCUAAUAAGAUAAUUUGGUAUUUCACUUGGAAACUGAGUAAAACUUCUCUCUUUAGCAGAAAAAAUGCAAUCAGUUGAAACAACACAGCUUCAAUAUAACUUGUCUCUGACACAAAGCUGAUUAAACACACUGAAGGCCAAAAUCAAAUCAGCCCCACAAGGAUUAUCUCUAUACAAGUAUAAACAUUCUCAUAAGAAGAAUUUAAGUAAAUGUUCUCAGCUAGCCUGUUCCUGUUGAGACCAGAAAAGUAUUUUUAAUAGCCUGUAGUCCAAAUUUUUUUGGCUCUCUGCUCCAGCCACUGCUUUAUUUUUAACUGGCUUGUGCAACUGAUUUUUUUGUAAGCCCUCACUAACUCACUGAGGGAUGGAGCCCGUCCCUUGACUCUGUUUCCUCACCAAGAUUUAAGAUUUUAUUUUUUAAAGCCUGAAGAUGGUAGGUAUUUCAGGCCAUGAAAAACUGUUUUUCCCAGUAUGGAAAGUGCAAACACAUUAUGUGCAGGCUUCUCAUGUGGUAGUACCAAAAGAGUUCAAAGGUACUUUAAUCACCAUCAGCUCUUUCUUUAGAUGUCCUCCUGGUAAACUUACUCUGCAGCUCUUAAGGUUAUCACAGAAAGAAAAUUCCCAUGGCUAACCAGCCAUAUCACCACACAGUUUCAAAAUUAUAUAGCUGCUCUUCCUGUUAUAUUAAGAAGAGGACACAGUGAGAUGGGGUUUAUGUGCCUGUGGGGAAGGUCUUCCAACAUCCCUGGGAGUGCACUUGAGCUCUGCACAUCAGCCUGCACCACGUCUGGGCUGGGGAGGAGCCUGGGUGCCUGGGCGAGUGGCCUGAGCUUGUACAGGUUAAUCCCUGGGCAGAGCUCAGAGGCAGCUGCAUGAGCUAUGAUCAGCUGGAAGCCAAUUAAGUGUAGCUGAGCUUAUUUUGGCUCAGGCAUGGAGAGCAGGAGUCAUUCCCAGAACAGCUGGGCACCAUGCUGGUUUAACUACAAGGGGCCUCAGGGUGCACAACUUAGCCUUAGGGUGAAUCCCAGGUCCCAGGCAUCGCCACUGUUCCUGAUAUUCUGUAAGAAGUCAAGGCAAAUGAGGGAGAAAACUUUGUUCAGACACUCACUAAGCUUUUUUUUAUUCUUGUCUCAUUGCCAGAGACUUUGUUAGCCAUGCAGAUCUUUUGCAGAGGUAAUUACACAAAAGGAGGAAGUGUCCUGCCUGAAUCUAUUUCCUUCUUUUUUUUUUUUCUUGGCAGAUGAGCUGCAUUUUCACAUUUGAGUGUGUCCCUGAAUCUUGCAUUGUGUAAUACUGAAGCAAGAUGGCCUGUCCUAUACAGAUUUAUAGAGUACCAUCAAGUGAAAUCCUUCUUGAUUCCUGUAAUUUUGCCAUGGGGAUCUUUACCCACUAUGGAUUUGAUGACUUUGUCCAUUAGGCUUAAUGGGACUUUCAAAUCUGAGUUCAACAGAAGAAAAUCUAGUCCUUGUAAGAGAAUUUCACAGGUGUAGCAUUUCUGUGAAAAUAUAAUUACCUAUUUCCUUAUCCCAGUUUACUACUAUUCCCAGAGAAACCUGAAACCCCAUUCUGUCUCCCACUCCUCAAUACACAUAGGUUAAGCAAAUCCAGAGUACAAUAUUAAUGUCUAAACAAGCUGAAGAAGAGAGGAAGAAUUUUAGAAGUGCUAAUGUUACUAUACUCUCAAUUUCAUUCACAUCCCCAGCAAUAGUCCUAUGUCCUAUCCAUUACCUCAUUAACUAGCUUUGAAGCAGUAAGGGAUUGUGUCAAGAAAGUUCAGAAGAGCUUUAAUGGUUUAAGAAGUCAGUGUGUACUAAGAAAGGUUUCACAUUUACAACACCCUACUUGUUAUAGGCUGUCUCCCUGCAUACACAGAUUAAUUGGAGUAGCUUCUGUACUGUAAAAUGACACAUUCAUCAAGAAGCUUUUCUGUAUAUACCUGCCGUGAGGCUCUUGACAGAACCUCAAAACAUGAAAUGCUGGUGACAUGUAAAGUGACAAAAAGGGCCUCAUGAAGAAAUGCUGUCUUAUAUCACCUGUUCUCAUUUCAUGCUUCCUUCACCCAAGGGAUAACUACCAUGAGAAUCCUUGAGAAAGUCUGUAGAAAUAAUAAAAAAUACAACCUGCAGAUUUUUAAUGGAAUCUUCCAGACCAAAAAAAACCAGGGAGGUGCAGGUAGUUUGCUUAUUUGGGCUUUAUAUUAUUAUUCAUAGGCUAGUUCUAAUUUUUCUUUAAACAGACAAAUAUCUCAAGUAAUAUUGGUCAUCACAUGGUAAGUUGUUAUUGAAGCUUUUAAUACAGAGUUUUUUCUAAAAUACUACAAUAAAAACCAUAGUUCCUUAAGACCAUAGAGUCUGAUCUUGCUUCAGUCCAAGUCAAUAGCAAAAAUUCUAUUUAUUUGUUGAGCUUUAAUUAUUGGCUCAAACAAGCAUUUUCAUAGGUCUUCAUAAGCUUUUAUGUAUUGAUUAAGCAUUUCAACUAGCUGAUGUGUAAUUUCCAUGUGUUCUGCAUUUUCGUUAAUUCUGUAGCUUCCAAAAAAAUUUGUUGUGCAACAUAUUUAAAAUUUUAACUGUGGUCUUGCAAUAUUUAAAAGAUGUACUUAGUAAUUUCUGUAUAGUUGCUGAAAAAAGAAAAAUGAAGUUGAAAAGUUGGGUUCUCACUUCUUGCUAAUUUGGGCAAAAGAAAUGCAUGUACAGGAUUUAGGCACAGCUAUUUUGAACUGCUGUUCUUAUUUAACCAAAGAAUGCUCUGUUUCUGAUGAAAUUUUCAUCACUUUAGUGGUUGAAAUGCAACCUGUCUCAUUUCUGGAUGUGUAUUGCAAUUUGCAAUGUAUUCUGAUUUCUAAAAAUAUUGAAAGUUGUUAACAAAAUGGCCAUGAAGAAGAAAUGCAAAUAAAACAAAUUUCAAUGUAAAAAACUGUUUAAAGAUGUUCUUCAGUACAGCGUUUGCCAGAGUAACCCACAUUGUGUACCAGCCAUUUCAAUUUGUCUGAUUCAAACAUAUCUGUUGGCUUUUUCUCCCUGAGUUUUCCUGGACCUAGUUAAUUUCUUUCAAAAUAUUUGUGGGAACUGAGACUUCGAUCUGCCUUUUCUCUGGGGAGAAAAGUCUGGCCAAGCACCUUUUAUCGUUCCUUCAUCUUCACAUUACUGUGUUCUUUGCUUUCACUGUGGCAGUUAAAUGUCACUCUUACAGUUUGCUCUUCUUUGCUGCACGUAGGAACUGAGCACUCAUCUCUUGGGUGUGCAUUAAUAGUGUUUUGAAAGUUUCCUGAGUGCUAUUUCUUCCCUUGCCAGCCUUUUUCUUACAAGUUCUUGUUACAGCUUGUUCUCUUUUGUCCACUUUCCUCUAAUGCGUUUUCUUAAGCCAAGUCUGACAAUUUACCUUUUCAUCUUGUUUUCCUGCACCAUCUCCUUUCAACAAAAUUCAAGCUCUCAUACUAAAAUUCCCAUGUC